AUCACUCAUAUCUGGUGCUAUGGUGAAACUACUACUCCUCACCAGGAAAUUCUGCCAGAGAGAUGAUAUUGCCACCAGGUCCCCGAAACUUCUGCUUUACUGCAGGAAUUAUAGAAGGGCUAACCAAACAGUGAUUAAUCUGCUGAGCAGUAUCAAGAGUCAACAAUAUGGUUCUUUAUCCUUAUUCAGCUGAAGAGGAUCAGGGAAGUCCUGUGGGAAACUAACCUUCUGGAGAGAGCAAACUACCUCUUUUUGGCAGCUGAGCUUCUGUUCAGACUGUUUAUGGUGUUGAAGGCUAGGCAAGUCAUCUGUGAGCACCCAACAGUGGGACGGAAGGACAUUGUCAUCUCCACAGUUUGGUGGAGCAGAGAUGAGGGAGGCAAGGGGAGGCUUGCAGGCAGGCUUAGAGGCAGAAUCUAAUUUAGCAUCCCUGCAGAACUGGUAGUUGAGAAGAAGGUGGGAGAUGCAGGUCUCUCACAGAAGAUCCCACAGUCACAAGCAGAAGCAAUUCUUGUGCCAGAAGUUUCUAGCCUCUUUGCAGUCUCUGGUUUUAGGAUUCCUGGAAUGAAAGUGUGCAAUCUCAGCAUGGGAUCCUAGGGAACUGAACCUACUUGCUUCAGGACAUAGAGUCAGGUGGAGGGCUGGGUCUCCAAACACAGUGUCCAAAGCCUAGCCAAAGCAGGUAGACCUCACUUCCUUUCUUCUCACAGUGUUCCUCCAAAUAAUGAGUGCAAUAAAGCCCAGAACAUGCUGCGCUCAACUUGUCUAUGCUCUGUACUCCUGUCUUACCUCACUGCAUUCACCUACGUCUGCUGGGGAUGGUUAGGUAGUCCUUUUUCAGUGUACCAUGCGGGGGGAUAGACUAAAUAAUUUUUGAGGUCCAUGCAAGGGCUACGUGUCUGUUGGCUUGCAGGCCUGGACCAUAAAACAGCUGGGACUCUCAUCUCUGACAGCCAGUCUCUUUUGAUGGGUGAAUCCUUCCCUUGCUGCAAAAUGGAACACAUUUUUGUUAGCACUCUGACAAUUUCAAAAUCAAAAGUCUGCAUCUAACUAAUUAUUUUCCCUGUCUGUUAGCCUUGUAGUCAAUGGUUUGUCUGGAAAGGCUCACAGCGUAUGCUUGUGGCUAAGCCACAUUUCUGUUUUGAGGAUUUUCCUUAAGAUCUGGAGUAGCCUCUUUUGACUGGGAAGGCUUGAACAGGAAUUAGGGGAAUUAUUCAAAAUGGCGUUUGAGAAGAGGAUUGAUAGCUAAGACAGAGGGGGGAUAACCAUGCCGUGUGUGAGUGAGGGAGCUUGGUCCUUGGGCUUUUUUGUUUUGCUGAACUUAUCAGUAGGGUGCCUAGCAGUGACUACAGCAUAUGUUCAGGUGCCUUUCUUGUCAAUGGUCAUUCUCUCCAGGCCUAGGAGCUCCAAGUGAGAUCCACAGAGAAUCAUGUUAACUUCCUGUCCUGUCCGGUGGCAUUGAGUGUGACAACAUUUUCCUUCCAAAAGAGACAUCUGAAAGUCUUUAGAAAGUGAGCUGUAUGGGAUGGAACAUGAGGCUACCCAGCUAGAAAAGCAGCAUGUGCACAGGGUGUAUGAAAAUACAGCUGCCUACUUUAAUGAUCUGCAGAGCAAAGCAUGGCCUCGUGUUAGAAACUUUCUGUUGGAGCAAAAGCCUGGCAGUCUCAUUGCUGACAUAGGUUGUGGAACCGGAAAGUAUCUCAGUGUCAACAGUCAGGUGUAUACUCUUGGCUGUGAUUACUGUGGACCGUUGGUAGAAAUUGCAAGGAAGAGAGGUGAUGAAGUUCUGGUAUGUGACAACCUUAACCUUCCCUUUAGGGACCAGUGCUUCAACGCAGUCAUUUCCAUUGGAGUGAUCCAUCAUUUCUCAACUAAACAAAGAAGAAUCAAAGCAAUAAAGGAAAUGGCAAGGGUAUUGAUGCCUGGAGGCCAGAUGAUGGUUUAUGUUUGGGCUAUGGAACAAAAGAAUCGCCGCUUUGAGAAACAAGACGUAUUUGUUCCCUGGAACAAGGCCUUGUGCUCACGGCAUUUUUCAGAAUCAAAUCAAUCUGGAGAUAAGGGUGAGUUUGUGCAUGCUGUGAAAAGCCAAGAUAUACACCCUGCAGAGCUAGUCAUCUCUGAUUGCAGCUACCAAACCACUCUGCAGCCAGAAACUAAUUCAAAACAUUCCCAAAAUACGGACCAUUGCUUAUCCAGAGCCUGCUGCAUGAAAAUUUCUGAAGAAGAAAAUAGAUUUUACAGUGCUCUAGGAAGAUCUUUACGGUCAUGGUUUUUCUCCAGAUCUCUUGAUGAAUCAGCCAUGAGGAAGCAAACUGAAAAACUGAAGCCUCCGAAGAAUGAAGGAGAAUGGACAAACAGUACCAUGCCCAUUCAGCAUUCACGGCACUGCAGUUUGGACUUAGGUCACCAUGGGGCACUGUUGAAAGAACAAAGUUUAGAUGAUGAUGAUGUGUUUGUAGAAAGCUCGCCUAUCAAAAAGCCACCGUGGUCACCAGCCACAGAUGCACUGAAGGAUUUGAGUUUAAAUGGAGGACACCACAGCGUAGCUCAAAGCAAGAGUGAAGAAGCUGCUUUUAUAAAUGGUUCAGUGGAAGACAGGGACUUCAGCUGCAUUUGUAAUAAAGAUGAUACUGUUAAGUCUACUGCCAGCAAGUUUUUCAAAAGAACUUCAACAACUGAUUCCACUGACUCUGCUUUGGAUUCUGCAGUAUCUGUUGGGGACCAAACUGUUGACGCAUUGGAUACAAAAGCCUUCAUGCGUUAUUAUCAUGUUUUUCGGGAAGGGGAGCUGUGCUCUCUGAUAGAAGAGAAUGUGCCUGAGCUUCUGAUACUUUCUUCCUGCUAUGACCAUGGAAACUGGUGCAUUAUUGCAGAGAAAAGAGGAAAAUAACUAUACACAGAAGAAAACAGAAUUCAAUGACUGAGGAUUUUAAGCUGCUCCUUGUGUUCCUGUGAUUGUGCAAUUUGAUGUGGAAUUUGAAUCCCUUGUAGUCACGUGCCAUCCAUUUCCUAUCUAUGUAACUAUCUGAUGCAAGGCUUGUAUAUAGGAAUGUAAGUGGCAAAUGAUAUUUAUGUUUUGUUAAACUUUUAUGAAGUUAAAAAUGGAGAGUUUUAUAUUGCUUUUAGCAAAUAAUUGUGUUUUUAAAUACACUUUUAUAUUGAAAAAUAAAACUUUUUUAUAAGACAAGGAAAGGAUCAGGGCAUCUUUUAUGAGAAAUAGCCUCUUCGUAGGACAUUUAUGCUUUGUUCUUGGAAUGCUUAAAACAUGUCACAUUACUCCCUGUUCUUAAAGUCCUAUAAAUAGGGACAUAGGCACAUUUUAAAACACACUUGACUGUAAACUGCUUGAGUGCAUGCUGCAUAACUGGGAGCAAACAUAGUCCCAGUGCUACUUAGUUUGGAGUAGAGUUGUUAAUGGGCAAAAGCCAUGUACAAAUAAGCUCUUAUUGCAUGUUCUCUUAUUUGUGGAUUGUAUUUUGGAGCAAAUGACAGAAUGGAUUUUGAACAAUAAUUUGGACUUUUGUUUUGAAAACAAUUUAAUUUGCGUAUCAGAUGCAGAUUAAGUUUUGCACGUUAGCUCUCACAAAUACUUUAUCUUAAUUUCCUUUUCUUUCUUUUUUCUGUCUUUGCUGGUUAUUUAUAUAUAGGAGUCAGAGGGAUUAGUGAGAGUAGCAGUAUUAUGUAAAGGUUACAAAAUAUCAAAUAUUUGAGAUACAUAUAUCUUUUUGAUAAGCCUGGGUAGCUAAGAUAAAGAAUACUUGAUAAGAUUAAUAAAAUCCCAGUGCACAUCUGGUCAACUGUCAUAUUUGCUCUGCUCAUUCACUGACAUGAGAAUAUAUACUCAAUGGCGUGUCAAAUAAUGUAGAUAGGAAGAGGAUACAAGUCAAGUUUGUAUCUAAAAUAUAACAUUUCCAGGCUAUGUUGUGUAAGUAGAUGGGUUUUGGAUGGAAUUUUGGAUUGGAUGGAUUUUGGUAGAUGGAUUUGUUAUUUUUUUUUCAGUAGAAAAUCCUAAUGAUACUGACUAUUUUAGAUGUAGCUGCCGAGGAGUAAUUACUGCAUGGUAAUGUAUUAUAGAUUUAUUUACUGGAUUGUUGCCUGUAGAACAAUCAUUUUUGUCUUCCUCAUAGCUUGGGAUCCUUGUGCUUUAUCCUUCCCAGGUCUCUACCAAGUGCCAGGGGCAAAUCCUUGCAUUCCCCACUGUCUUUUGACCACAAAAGUGUGGUCAAAGAACUGUGCAUUGGACACUUCUGAAAUAUUAUUCCACUGUGUCUGAGCCUUACUUCAGAGCAGUGGCAAUAUUCCCUGCAUCGCUGGGUCCAGCUGCUCCCUGUGCACAGCUCAGGGGCUGGUCCUGCUGCAUCUUCAAGCUCCCAUUUUAGAAGCACAGUGUGAAAAUGCCCAUGCAGGCAUAUUGCAGAGUCAGUAUGGGUCGUGCUCAGCUCCACACCUCAUCUGCAACAUCCUCAUGUCUGAACAGUGAGGUUUACCUCAUUUGCUGGAUAUUUUUGGAGGAGAUUGAGGAUUUAGAAGCAAACUCAGUUGCUUCCAGAUUAGAUAUGGUAGGGGAUAUUCAGCACCCCUGGAAUCUGGGCCAUAUGUAGGAAGGAGGUAGUUGCUGAUCAUCCUGUAUCCAAUUCUGAAAGUUUGUUCUUAAACUCCAACAUGCAGAAUCUCCAUUCCAAGCAUAUAUGAAAAUUUCUAUGAAAAUUAUUAAUCUAAACUGACAGGUUUAUUUAACUGGGAGAAUCAACAUUAAAUUUUGUUAUCUGUACUUCUACAUUCUACCUGUACAGUAUUCAGUGUGUAAAUAAGCAGGCUGACAAAAUUUGGGGUAAAUUAAGAAAAAAAAGGCUUCCAUUCUCUUUACAACAGAGACUUUCUGUCCCUGUAAAAGGCUGACUCUAUGUUUCAGGCUCUGCUAAACACUUCAUGCUGUACCAGCUGUAUGAAUAAGACCUGUCACCUCAAAGCCACUAAAGUACUUUAAAAAAUGCUUUUGUGUUUGUAGACUUUCCCUGCAUAGUUUGGUUUGAGAUUCUUGACUGGGGAUACUUUUCACAGUUAUUUGUUUCUAUAUUUCCACUUCUCCUGUUCUGAGCUGAUGUCACCAAAUCAUAUUACAUGAAAGUUUGGACUGUAUUAUCAUAAAUUCCUGGGUGGGGUGGGUGUAAACUGCUUUCUUUUUCUUUUUGCUCUUGGACUUGGUGAUCUAAGUCCUUCUAACUGAACCGUUCUGUUCUGUUCUAUUUGUAAAUUUCCCAUUUUCCUCUGAGAAUAUAUAGUCACCAAGUAACACAGUUUUUGAAGAUAGGGAACAGGAAGCUGAGGUCAUGAACUUCAGGUCUGCCCAGCAAGCAUGUCAGGCCUUUAUUCCCAUGUUCAGACUCCCAUCUACCCAUAGAAGCCACCUAGCUCUGUAACAGCUUCAUCAUCUCAUAAGAAACCAGAGUACAUCACUCAGAGCAUGGUGACUGUCUCUUCUGAUGGGUUUCCCUUUUGAUGAGACCCAUCUUAAGCAAAAUGUAAUUCCCAGAAGAAUCCAUGUGAUCCCAAUCUUUAAUAGCUUGCAUACAUCCUUAAUGUCUUCAGGGAGGUGUGUAUGCAAUUGAAAAGUCUAUAACAAAUGAAUGAAUAUAUAAAUAAAAUCCAGCUGUCCCUACGUGCUCAGCAAUGCCCAAACUACAGGAUCUUACUGCUGUAAGGUAACGGGCAAAUGUAUUCUUGUAUUUCUUGUCUGACUUAUAGUCAAAAUUCUCACCCUGUUUAUGGCAAUAUCAAGCCCGAUACUGACUUUAGUGGGCCAGGAGUGCUCCUAAGCUGCUCAUCUGCCCUUAAGUGGCACACGGAGAUGUCUUGAUUACAUGAGAAGAGAUGCCCUGUUUUGUUUUUUUUUUACAAUUUAAUUUACCAAUAUUGCCAUCAGUCUGAACUGGCUGAACAAAAGCUGCUACUAUGUUAACUCUUAUGCACUGUAAUCCACAUGCGCUAUUGCAAUCAAAAGUGUGCAGUUGAACAGAGCUGUUUCUGAAGGACUAAUACGAUUGCAACUUUUGAUAAAUGACAUUUCACUUUUUUUUUUAAUACAUAAAAUAUAUUAGAAGUGCAGAUGCUUUUCUUUUCCUACUAAUGGCAACUAAUUUACUUUCUUCCCAGCUUGUGAUGCAGGAACUUGAAAAGCACAGGUGAGGUAUGAAAGCUGUAAAUAUUCUAGCAGAUUUUUUUUCUGGUACAUAUCGAUAUACAAGUUACUUAUGUGCGCACUUUAAAAUCAUACCCAGUGAAGAGCUGUGUAUGUAACACCAGCAGAACAGUUGUAGUGAACCACCUGGGUGGAUUCUGAAUAGGAAUAAUGGCUCUGACCCUGGGCCUCUCCCGUGUUGUGUCUCCGUCAAGCUGCAUUCGUGUCACCAUUGGGCUGUAUUAGUAUCGACAUUGUGUUGAACCUAGUGGUCUAGCCAUUUUCUUGCUCAGCACUUUGACAGGAUUUGUGGCUGUUUUAGUAUUCCGGGAAAAUGAAGUAUGUCAGUGUUAAAUAUAUGCAGUUGUAUAUCUAUUUUGUGAGAUCAGCAUUUCUUAUUCUUGAAGUAUAUUAAUUCUGGCAGCUACCCGUGAUUUUAUCUUCCGACCUCCUUGUCAAAAUCAUGCAUAGAUACUGCUCUGUAAUCAACUCUUUGUCCGUACAUGGAACUUAUUAUCUAGCAUUUGACAGAAAAUAAAUCCUACUUGGUUAAAAUGUUAUUUCCUACAGAACUUCUGUGCUUUAAGAUUAGUUAAUAAAUAUAUUAGCCACUGGAAACUCUGUGUCUGGAAAAGUUCUUGAUGAAUGUUAAAUUUGAGCAGACUCUGUCAGUGCCAUUUGCUCAGUAACAGGUAGACCACAUGGGGCACAAUGGGAUUUGCUAUGAAGCCAGGGACUCUGUCUUUGUUUUAGAUGUUCAUAGGCAGCCUAGCCGUAAAUGUGCUCAUUUGAACUAGGCAAAUAAAGGUGAUGAAAUGUGAUUUUCAGCCACUUCAGUACUAUGUGUCAUGCUGAUGAUAGAAAAGGGUGUACCUGAUGGUCCGGCAGGGUUAUCUGCUACAGAGCUGCACUUCCUGCCCUUCUGAUCUAUUUACUGUACUCCAGGACUGUGCUCUGGGGCAUAAGAUAAGUAUGAAGUAUUUCUUUGGGAUUUUCUUUUGGCAGUCUUUUUACCCCAAUUUAAAUCAGAAUAGAAAAAUAAUAUAAUCAAAAUUAUGAAAUUUCCUGGUGAGGUUACAGCUAUACUGAGUUAAAAGUGGUUUUA